AGUUUUAGUUCGAAGAACUUCAUUAAUUAUAAAGUUUUGAGGGCUGAAAGAGUAAACAGCAGAUUCAUAUUUAUAGAACAACUUCAAUAAAUUUCUCCUCAACUUAUUAAGUGUUUGUAAUUUUAUAAAAGUAACAAAAAUAUUGUUUAUUAAAGAGAUAUGAGUUAGUGAAUUUCGAUUCGAUAGUGUCAACAAUGAUGAAUUCCCAUUUAAAUCAUUAUGCUUCGGGCAUAAAAACCGAAGAUAUCGAUUUUCACAACAUAAAAAUGCACCAGUUAAAUUAUUCACAACAAGAAAAUAAACCACAUAAACAGAACAGUUCGAAAAAUCAAAACUCUCAUCCCGGAAGUUCAUCAAAUUCCACUUCGUCAGCGAAUGGUGUCUUUAUUGACAUGGGAAAAGUUUUGUUAGAGGCUGCAAAAUGCGGUGACUCAGAAAAAGUACAGGAAUGCGUAAAGAAUGGUGCACCAUUCAUUACUGAUUGGCUGGGAACUUCAGCUCUUCAUAUUGCUGCUAAAAACAAUUAUUAUGAUACAUGUGCCACACUUUUACGAUCAGGAAUCAGUAAAGAUGCAAAAACAAAAGUUGAUCGAACGCCUUUACAUUUUGCAGUAUGCGAAGGAAAUUUUGAGAUUUGUCAACUUCUACUGCAACACGAAUGUUCUGUUGAUCCACUGGAUAUGCUUAAAAUGACGCCUCUGCAUUGGGCAAUCGAAAAAGGAUUCGAUAACAUUGCGGAACUUCUACUGACACAUGGAGCGAAUCCUCUUACAAUAUCAAAAUUCUUGAAGUCACCGUACUCUAUAGCUAAGGAUAGAAAAAAUGAUUUCAUCAUAGGAAUGAUUGAAAUGUUACCUCAAUCUGAUUUUAAUCCGAAUAUUUUAAAUAGUAAUUCCGAGCUUAACUUAAAUUCGUUGCCAUUAAAAAUCCAAAAAACAGAAAAAUCCGAAACAAAGCCGGUAGUUUAUAAACGAGAACGAAUUCAUUUAUCAAACGAUGCACCUGACGUGAAACGUUCAAGACCAUCAAUUAAUGAUCCUAAAAACUUAACACUUCAAUUACUUCAAGAGCAGAUGAGUAUGAUGUCAAAUGCUGAUGAUAAUUUAAUUGAAUCAGCAUUGCAAUCAGGACGAAGAAUUACUUUGACCGAAGUUGGCAAACGACUGUUGAAUGAUUCAAUUUUAAAUAAAUUCUUAAAGAUCAACACGACAAUUUCCUCAUCACCUUCAUCUUCAUCAUCAUCGUCAUCGUCAUCAGUUGUAAAGAAAGAACUUUCACCGAAAUCAGCAACAGUAACAUCAAGUCGUACUAGUGACAGUUCCGAUGUCUUGGAAAUCUUUAGGGACACUGCCUGUGGCAGUGGUUCGAAGAAGAUUAAACCUGACAUCCUCAACAUUAUUCGAACAUCUUCAGAUCUUCAAGAAGUGACGAUAACGCAACGGUCGAAGACGUCACCAGCGCCUUCACCAACAUUAAAAUCCAGCAUUAGCCUUUCCGCCAUUAAUGUGCCAAAAGUUAAAGUUCAACAGGGACAUGUAAAACAAAAAACACAAUUGCCUUCAUCACCGGAUGCGAAUAGUUCAGAUUUCCGGCAACGAACGGAUGUUGCUGUUGACUUCAACCAACCGGAAGUUACGAGUCGGAAUUUUUCGGAACUCUGCAGUAAUUAUCAGCAAUUGAAACGAUUAUUUGAACGUGAACAACUGAAGACUGCUUCGUUACAACGACAAUUGAAACAGUUGGAAGUGAAUUUUGAUGCUUAUAAGCGACAUCAAAACGAUAAAAUUGAUUCAAUAUUAAAAUUGCUGGCGGGAAACAGGCAAAUAUCGAUAAAUGAAGAUGGUGGCGAUGGAUUGGACGAAACUGAAGAAAUCCUGUGAUGACUUCUCAUUUAAUAUCAUUCGUGUUGUAAAUAAACAAAACUUUUGAUCGAGAGAAUGCGGAAAUAUCUAUAAAGAAAUCCUUUCCGCCCUAACAAAAAAGAUUUUACAUAUUUUUUUAAUAAAUUUCACUUUUCUCCCUGUUUUGACGAGCAAAAGAAAAAUAAAAAGAAAGUAAG